AUGGCGUCAGUCAUUCUCAUCCCGAAACCGGGCCGGAGUCCCAGUCUUAACAACUUGAGACCAAUUUCCCUCACGUCUUGUAUAAGCAAGGUCGCCGAGCACGUCAUCAACAAUCGGAUAUCAAAGCACAUAAAGGAAACAAACCUCUUCCCUUACAAGAUUAUAGGUAUCAGACCGCACCUAUCCACUCAGGACGUCGUGAAAACGCUGAAACAUCGCAUUAUAGAUCAAGAGAGAAAGGACAUUAGGGCAAUUCUCAACCUCGAUCUUGAGAAGGCCUUUGACAAUGUUUCGCGCUCCCAUAUACUCGUACUUGACUCCAUCUUUCGCCUCAACCUAGGACUCCGUUCAUCGGCUCACUUCCUCACGGACAGGACCGCCGAGCUGCGAGCAGGCGACCUACAGACGCAAGAGAAGAAGCUCGGGAGCACUGGCACACCGCAGGGGUCGGUCAUCUCGCCGAUGCUGUUCAACCACGUAAUGAUCGGAGUGGCAGAGAAGCUCGCGGAUGUCGAACACGUCAGGCACACCAUCUACGCGGACGAUAUCACGCUGUGGGUGACCGGUGGCAGCGACGCCCACAUUGAGUGCGCGCUGCAAACCGCCGUCGACGCGAUAGAAGACCGGUUGGAGGGCACCGGACUGAUAUGUUCGCCGAGCAAAUCGGAGCUCCUAAUACUCCCACCUACCAACAACGUCAGAGGCAAGACCAAAAAACGCGAAUACGAAAAGAUCCGAAUCAUAACCAAAUCCGGCAACGUUAUCCCCGAGGUCGGUAAAAUCAGGAUCCUAGGCAUGGUCAUCGAGAAGCACGGAAGAAACGGCGACAUCAUCGCCCGUCUUACGGCGAAGGCGGCCAACGCGACGCGACUCCUCAAACGAGUCACGUCCCGGAAAGCAGGCAUGAGAGAGGAGAGCCUAAUCAGGCUCGUACAAUCCUUUAUCAUCAGCCACGUCACUUACGUCGCAGCCUACCACAGAUGGCUGCAACACGAACGCAACAAAAUCAAUGCCAUCAUCAGAAGAGCGUACAAAACGGCGUUGGGCCUGUUUGAGUCCACGAGCACGAGCCGCCUCUUACAACUCGGGAUACACAACAUGCUCGAAGAAAUAGCCGAAGCACAACGGAGCGCUCAACUGGAGCGGCUGUCCACGACCAAUGCCGGGAGGAAAAUACUGGAUGACCUGGGAAUAGGACACUCGAACAAAGCGGAGACGAAGCUCCCCGUCCCCAAAGAGGUCCGACGCCAGACCAGAACCGACCCCAUACCCAAGAACAUGAAUCCUGACUACAACAAGGGAAGAAGAGCGGCGAGGGCCAAGGCUCUCAUCGACCUGCACGCCAACGACGAGCACGCGCGAUAUGUGGACGCGGCCGAAUACCAACAGAACGCUUUCGCAGCGGUCGUCAUCGAGGCGUCGACCGGCGCAACAAGGACGGCAGCGAGCGUGAAGAGCAUUGGAGCGGAACAAGCGGAGGAGGUGGCCAUCGCCCUGGCCAUCAUCGACCCAGACUGCCACACUGUGCUAAGUGACUCGAGACAGGCGGUGCGAAACUUCGCCAAAGGCCAAGUAUGUAGAGAGGCCGAACGAGUAUUGCGUGCGGCCAAACUGCAAGACAGAAAAGUGAGAAUUAAGUGGUUCCCGGAGCAUGCGGGUGACGCGUCGGAACGCAAUGCCAACCACAACGAGACGGCACACGCAGCGGCGCGAGCGCUAACUAACCGCGCCCCGGCGACAGACCGUCAGACGUGGUUCGGAGCCAAGGACCGCAUGACGGACUAUAACGACAUCACAAAAGCCUACCGCAUGGCUCGCAGGACUUUCCAACUCCCGCACCCGCGGUUGAGUCGAGCGGAGGCGGUACUAUUGAGACAGCUCCAGACCGGAUCGCUACCGAGUCCGGGACUGAUGCAUCGCAUGUACCCCGAGACAUACCCGGCCGACAAGUGCAAGGUAUGCCGGAGGGAGACGGCGGAUCACACGCACAUCUUGUGGGACUGCAUCAAACACCCAGAGGAAACGAGAUCAAGAACGAUCCCGUCGCGGCUCGAGGAAGCCGCGAAGAGCGACGACCAGGAUCAACAGCUCUGGGCCGUCCAGCAGGUCCUCGGGGCGCUCGAAAGGCAGGGACCCAGCGAGCCGUCAACGGCAAGCGGAGACCCGCGCCGAGUAACGGCAACCCCGAAGACGACGUAGGCCCUCGUCGGGGCGCGCGAGCGCCCAACUGCAGGCACAAAUAAAGUUUGUUCCAAUCCAAUCCAAUCCU